AUGCGUUCGUUCUCUUCUCUUUUGACACUUGCCGUUGCUUUGCCUGCGCUGGUCGCAGCUGAACUCUCUGGCAAAGUCGGUCCCACCACCUCCCAUGCCACAAAGGCUGCAAAGAAGACUUGCGACAUUACUAAAUACGGUGCUGUUGCUGAUGGCAAGACCGAUAUCUCUACCUCUUUGAAUAGUGCUUUCACUGCUUGCAAGGCUGGUGGUGUAGUUGUUAUUCCUGCUGGAAAUUAUGCCAUGUCGACGUGGGUCAAGUUGGCCAAUGGUAACAAUUGGGCUCUUCAGCUUGAUGGUACCAUCACUCGUACUGGUACUGAUGCUGGCAAUAUGAUUAUGAUCGAGCACAGCGACAACUUCGAGAUGUUCUCCUCCACUGGCAAGGGUGCGAUUCAAGGCAACGGUUACGAGAUCCACAAGACUGGCAGCACUUCUGGUCCUAGACUCUUGCGUGUUUGGGACAUUACCAACUGGUCUGUUCACGACAUCACUUUGGUCGACUCACCCUCCUUCCACUUCUCCAUCGAUACCUGUACCAACGGCGAGGUGUACAACAUGGCCAUCCGUGGUGGCAAUGAGGGUGGUCUGGACGGUAUCGAUGUCUGGAGUAACAAUGUCUGGAUUCACGAUGUCAUGGUCACUAACAAAGACGAAUGUGUGACUGUCAAGAGUCCUUCCAAGAACAUCCUUGUCGAGAACGUCUACUGUAACUGGUCAGGUGGCUGCGGUAUGGGCUCUUUUGGUACCGACACGGCCGUCUCAGACAUUACUUACAAGAACAUCUACACCUGGUCCAGCAACCAAAUGUUCAUGCUCAAGUCUAAUGGUGGCAGUGGUACCGUCUCCAAUGUCACUCUCGAGAACUUCAUCGGGCACGGCAACGCCUACUCACUCACCUUGGACGAGGCAUGGACUUCAAUGAAGACUAUCGCUGGUAAUGGCGUUGAGUUGUCAAACUUCAAAAUAUCAAACUGGACCGGCACAGAGCUCAAGGGCACAGCUCGUGGUCCCAUCAAGGUCAAGUGUGCCGCAAAAGCACCUUGCCAUGACAUAAACAUCUCUGACUUCAACAUGUGGACUGAACAAGGUAGCUCUCAGUUCUACUCUUGCGAGAACGCUUACGGUAGCGGAUUCUGCCUGAAGUCUGGAACAAACUAUGUAGCUUCUCCCGCCACUACUCAGUGGGUCAGCAAGGCUCCUGUUGGAUAUGCUGCCCCUACCAUGGCUGCUGAUCUCAAGACCGCUUUUGGGACUACUCAGAGUAUUCCCAUUCCUACCAUGCCGGCAAGCUUCUUCCCUGGUGUUCUGCCAAUUACCAAGCUGGCCGGAAGCAAGUAG